GCUUCUGCCGCGGCUCUCGCCUCCGCUUCCCCCUGCCCGGCGCCUUCGCGCCCCCUCCCCGCCCGGCCCGGCCCCCCGAGCGGCCGCGGAGACUGCGCAGCGCGGGAGGCGGGCUCCGCACGGGGUGAGCCAGGAUGAGCUACACGGAGAAGCCCGACGAGAUCACCAAAGACGAGUGGAUGGAGAAGCUCAACAACUUGCACGUGCAGCGCGCGGACAUGAACCGCCUCAUCAUGAACUACCUGGUCACAGAGGGCUUCAAGGAGGCCGCAGAGAAGUUCCGGGUGGAGUCCGGGAUCGAGCCCAGCGUGGACCUGGACACCCUGGACGAGCGCAUCAAGAUCCGCGAGAUGAUCCUGAAGGGGCGGAUCCAGGAGGCCAUCGCCCUCAUCAACAGCCUGCACCCCGAGCUGCUGGACACCAACCGCUACCUGCACUUCCACCUGCAGCAGCAGCACCUGAUCGAGCUGAUCCGCCAGCGGGAGACGGAGGCGGCGCUGGAGUUCGCGCAGACGCAGCUGGCGGAGCAGGGGGAGGAGAGCCGGGAGUGCCUGACGGAGAUGGAGCGCACGCUGGCCCUGCUGGCCUUCGACAGCCCCGAGGACUCGCCCUUCGGGGACCUCCUGAACACCAUGCAGCGGCAGAAGGUGUGGAGCGAGGUCAACCAGGCCGUCCUGGACUACGAGAACCGCGAGUCGACGCCCAAGCUGGCGAAGCUGCUGAAGCUCCUCCUCUGGGCCCAGAACGAGCUGGACCAGAAGAAGGUGAAGUAUCCCAAGAUGACGGACCUCAGCAAAGGCGUCAUCGAGGAGCCUAAGUAGGCCUGCGCGCCCGGGGUGCCGCCCGGGCCGGGCCGGGGGGGCUUUCCUGCAGCAGAGACCCCUCACUUUCCGCUCCCCCGGCCCCUCCUCGACGGGAAGAAUGGCCCCCGG